AUGAGAGAGGGGACGGUGUGGACUGAUCCUAAUUCCAUGAACAAGUUGGGUAAAUUCAUUAGGAUUCACUUCCAAGGUAGCAAACUGGCUAAAGCUGACAUUGAGACCUACCUGCUAGAGAAGUCCAGAGUGUCCUUCCAGCUUCCCGAUGAGAGAGGUUACCACAUCUUCUUCCAGAUGAUGACCAAUCACAAACCUGACAUUAUUGAAAUGUCACUCAUCACCACCAACCCCUACGACUUCCCCAUGUGCAGUCAGGGUCAGAUCACUGUGGCCAGCAUCAACGACAAGGAAGAGCUGGAUGCCACAGACGAUGCCAUUACAAUCCUGGGCUUCACUAAUGAUGAGAAGAUGAGCAUCUACAAGCUGACAGGAGCUGUACUUCACCAUGGCAACUUGAAAUUCAAGCAGAAGCAGCGUGAGGAGCAGGCUGAGCCAGAUGGCACAGAGGUGGCUGAUAAAAUCGGCUACCUGCUGGGCCUGAAUUCAGCUGAGAUGCUGACAGCUCUGUGCUACCCUAAAGUGAAUGAGUAUGUGACCAAGGGACAGACCAUGCCUCAAGUUAAUAACUCAGUCUCGGCUCUGGCCAAGUCCAUCUACGAGAGGAUGUUCUUGUGGAUGGUCAUCCGUAUCAACGAGAUGUUGGACACCAAGAACCCAAGGCAGUUCUACAUCGGUGUGCUCAACAUUGCCGGGUUUGAGAUCUUUGAUUACAACAGCAUGGAGCAGCUGUGCAUCAACUUCACCAAUGAGAAACUGCAACA